GUGGCUGUAGCUUCUUGUCGUGUGUUGUCAAGAGCUUAUAAGAAAGGAUUAUUAACAAAUAACACUUUAUUAAUGACAGUUGCCGUUAAUACAAUCCUUCAAACAUCAAAAGCAGACGCUGAGUGUUUAAAACCCUUCUUAACAGCUUAUGGUAAGUAUUUUUAUUUCUAGACCGUACAGCGUUUAAUUUAAAUAUCUCACACCUCAUUUUUAAUGGUUUUAUAGAAGUCUAUUGCCGCGAUGAACUCCUAAAUUCUGAUAAUACUUCUGACGACGAUGAGGAUGAUAUUGACAUUAGCGCGAAAAAAAACUGUCAAAAAACCUCAACACCUGCAGCUCUAAAAGGUGAGAUAAUAAGGCUAGACCGCUUUACCGGAGUGAAACGUUCACGGAGCCGUGCAUCGUCUACUAGCUCCGAUGAUACGCAUGUAUCAUAUCCUACGGAUACUGAUGAAAAUAUGAUGACUUUAUCGGCUGAUCUCGAUUCGGAAGAAGAGUAUUAUCAACACGUAGCAUAUAAUAAUCGUCACAACAGCGAUGCUGAAGAGAUUGUUAUAGAAGAAGAGGAAGAAGAAGAAGAAGAAGAAGAAGAAGAAGAAGAAGAAGAAGAAGAAGAAGAAAAAGAAGAAGAAGAGAGCACGCCUUUAUUUUUUGACGACAAUAGUGAUGACUCUAGUGAUGAUAAUAUACGCUCCUUUGUACAAUCACACGCUCUAGGUAUUUUACAAGAUAUUACAAAUAUUCAUACACCCUUCGCUGCUUAA